AUGGGCACCCUGGUCUUCCCCAAUGGCGCCAAAAUGGCCCUGGCGCUGGGCGCAUGCGUGGAGCUGGGGCGCGCCCACCUGGGCGCCAUCUGGGGCGCCAUCCACGUCAGCCGCGUGCAGUGCGAGGUCCAGCUCAUGGCAGGCGGCCCCAACGGUCCCGGCCGGCUGCGCGUGGUCAGCCGCAGCAAGGUCAAUCCCACGGGGAUUGAUGGCCGCGGUGAUGGCAUUGGAAUUGGGGAUGAGGAGAUGGGCGAGGCGGAGUCGAAUGGGGUUGGGGGGGCGCUGGACGGGGCGUCCCAAGCGGCGGGGUCGGGUCGGGAGGCGUGUUGGAGCAAUCCGACGCUGCUGAUCCUCGUGGGGGUGCAGGGCAGCGGGAAGUCGACGUUCUGCGAGGAGCUGGCGCGGGGAGGGCCUGUGGAGUGGCGAAGGGUGAACCAGGACGAGAUGCGGCGGAGUGGGAGGGGGAAGCGGCAGGACUGCGUGGCGGCCGCCGGGAGAGUGCUGGGGAGCGGCAGGAACUGCGUGAUCGACAGGAUGAACCUGACGGCAGAUCAGAGGAAACCAUUUAUUCAGGUGGCCAGGCGAUUGGGCUGUGCUGUUCAUGCCAUCGUUCUCAACCUGCACCCUGAUGUUUGUGCAAAUCGCGUUGCCCAACGCAAGAACCAUGAAGGCAACGUUGAAGGUAACAAGGGGAGAGGCCUGGCCUAUGCUUCAUACAGGGACCUCUCUCAGUGUGGUCCCCCAAGUUUGACCGAAGGGAUCAGCACUGUCACCAUCUGCAAUUCUCCUGAGGACGUGCAGAAGGUGCUUCACGUGUGGAAGGGCUAUUCAGGAAGCUCGUUGAAAGCUGAGGAUUCCGCCCAUAAGAUCCAUUGGCCACCUGCAGCAGAUGUCCCAGAAGCAGGCGAGGCUAUGGUCAAUUGGCCACAUUCUGGGGGCACUUCAAAGGGUGGGGCGGGACGAAUGAAAGGCAGGUCAACAGCAAACACACGAACAGGCGGUAACAACAGAUUGAUGCCAUCUGAAGGUGCUCAGGGGACUUUGCUGACUCUCAGCAGUGGAGGGGUACCUUUGAAGCGCAAUGCCUUUCAAAUGAUGAUGGAGGCGGCUUCAAGACAAGGUGAGGCUUUGCACAAGCAUGGGGCUGAUCUUGCUGAAGAUGAAAAGAGCGGGAAGCAGCCAAGGACAGCUGGAGGUGGAGGCCGUGGUUCAAGACAUGGCUGGCAGGACGUCCUUGUGCAAAAGGCACAGAAUCCAGAGCGUUUCCGUGAAGAGGACCCUGACAUGCUGGUCGAUGAUACAACGAUUGUGCUGAAGGAUAUGUACCCCAAGGCUCGUCAACACUACCUGGUCGUCAGUAGGGAUCCUGAGCUGCUGGGGAUCAGCGAUCUGAGGAGGAAACACAUCCCCCAUUUGCACCACAUGCAAAAGAUGGCGGAGCAACGGUUGAGCGCCGUCAAAUCUCCAGAUGGUGAGAUCGCACUCGAACGAUUCCGAAUGGGUUUCCACACGCUGCCCUCGCUGUGCCAGCUCCACCUGCAUGUGAUCUCUGACGACUUCGAUUCGGUGUGCCUUAAGCACAAGAAGCACUGGAACUCAUUCACCACGCCCUUUUUCAAGCCCCUCGCGGAAGUGGUGGCCCGGCUGGAAGAGGGAGGCGAGGUGGCAGUGAACCAAGAGGAGGCGGAGGGGUACCUCAAAUGGGAUCUGAGGUGCCAUCGUUGCCAGCGGGGUAUGGGGAAAAUCCCACAAUUAAAAGAGCACAUUGCGCACUGCACAGGCGGAGAGUGA